CUGCACUCGGCCCUACUACUCGCCGGGCUACUUCCAUUGGAUAUAAGAAUCCGGGAAGCAGCCUCUCUUUAUGUAAUAAAGAAAGGCCUUUCCCGGCGAAUAGUGGGAGAUCGAGAAGCAGAGUGUAAAAUUAACUUUUCGGAGACCCCACAUCCCGCGGAUCAGGUCGGACUGAAGUUUGAAUGUCUGGAAGACGGUGCAGAAAUAGACCGGAACGACAACAUUGGCUUAAAAAUAUACACCGACGGUAGUAAAAUUGAGGGAAAAGUCGGCGCGGCAUUAUCCAUCUGGAAAAAUGCCACGGAGACAAAUACCCGUAAACUGAAACUGGAAAAUUUCUGCACCGUCUACCAGGCAGAGUUGCUGGCCAUUCUCGAAGCAACCAGAUAUGCAUCAAAAACUGUCAUACCAAAUUGCAAUAUAUAUAGUGAUUCGAGAUCAGCUCUCUCAACAAUUGUACAAGACCUUUCCCUCCAUCCCCUAGCGGUGGAAGCAAGAGGCAACAUAACUAAAAUAAAUAGACAGGGUAAAACCCUUAAACUUUUUUGGGUAAAAGCUCACGCAGGAUUGGAGGGAAAUGAGAGAGCAGUCAAACUAGCGAAAGAAGCUGCUACAAAAAUUAAAAGGAAAGCAGAUUAUGAAAAGUGUCCGAUUUCAUACGUCAAGCGACAAAUCCGAUUGGAAUCGCUUGACGAAUGGAACCGGCGCUAUGUGGAAGGGGAAACGGCGUCAACAACAAAAGUCUUUUUCCCGGACCCAAUUAAAGCCUACCACAUAAUAAAGAAAAUCGACAUGGAUCCGAUGACGGUUCAAAUUAUGACAGGACAUGGGGGAUUCUCCGAAUACUUGUAUAAAUUUAAGUGUAAGGAGAGUCCCGAAUGUGCCUGUGAUCCAACUAAAAAUGAAGACAUAAUACAUGUUAUCACAGAAUGUCCAAUUUAUAGCCGAGAAAAAUACAACACAGAAAUGGCAUUAAAUAUAAAAAUAAGUGGUUCCGAAAGACACACGGGCCUAAAGAAAAGACCAACAGUUGCAGCAAAAAUCGCAAAAGAGCCUAACAAAACACCACCCACCAUACAACCCUUGGAGCAAGUAACCCAGCAGGAACAAGAGGUUUCAGCUCCGGAAUCCACGGACAGGGUUGAGCAACAAAAGGGUUAUCAAAUAAGCGAACCGUCCGAGAAGCCUGAAAUAGACUCAGCUUCGAGCUUCUUCUCACCACCUAAACUCGAUGAGGCAACCACUUCAUCCCCCGUUCUCACAAGAACUGGAUCAAACCUACUGAGAAUACGCACUCAAAUAAAGCAGGCAAAAGCUGCAGAAGCUCAAGAAAUUCUAAGAGCAAUGUCAGAGGCUGAAGAAACAGGUGACUCGGACGUAGACAGCGGUGACACCAAUAUUUCACUAGACGCUUCAACAAGAUCAAUAGGAGGGAGUCGCAUGCUGCUCAACGAACUGCCUAGACACGCAAAUGAGAUUCUACAAAGGGCCAAAGCAGACCUGGAAAAGUCGGGUAACCUUAAGAGGGAGAUUCGAGAAAGUGUUGUAGCUGGUCUGUACACGCUUUAUGAGAUGAUCCUAAAGUUAUCCGACUCCCGAAUGCUUCAUAUGUUAGAAUCAAGCAAGCAAAAAGCAAAUGUCUCACGUGAAUCUGAAAGGCUAACUCAAAGGCAUGCAAGAUUUAUGCAUGAGACUUUGGGCCAGUACGCUCUACUGAAAGACAGCAUAGAGAAGCUGCAAAAGGAAACCGAGUCCACUAGACUUAUAGUUUCGUAUGAUCUUUGUGAAGCAAUGACUGCAACAAGGCGAGAGAUCACAAACAUACGGAGCGACACAAACUUGGACUCUAAUGUUGCAAAUCAGCUACGGACUAUUACGGAAGAAAUAAAGCAACUGCGAGGAGACAUGAUGUCUUCACACAAGCCGGUCACUCUAGAAGAGCGACAGUUCCCUAUUGCCGAGGAAUUAGGAGAGCUUCGGCGAAUUACCCAGGAGCUUUCCACCAAAACCAAACAAAGUAUGUCACCUAAUAGGGGCGAGGAAACUAUCAGAAUAGAGCAGCUUGCAAAGACCACCACAGAAUUGCAACAGCACAUAACAGACACAAAAGUACACCUAACUGCAGACGUGCAAGAAUUAAAAAAAGAAAUUCAUUCGAUAUCACAAGACAUCAAAAGUCUAGCUGCAAUCUGCUCAAGCUCCUCAAUUCCAUCAGUUCAAGCCAGUUUGGAAGAACUCAGGAAAGAUACAAAAGAGCUUAGAGAUACUGCACUUGAUUCAACGGCACCAAUAAGGGUAGCCAUUGAGAGCCUCAGGACUGAACUCAAACAAAGAACAGAUAUUGAAGGAACAGAGCUAAGAGGCUUCUCACACCUGCCCGGAGAAAAUGAUACUGAGCGAUAUCAGCACACACUAAUGCUUCAACAGAAAAAAUUUCCACGCUCCUUCUCAGAGGUAGUUGCAAAACCAAAUUACUUGAUUGAUCCCAGACGGACAAGUGAUGACGUAAUAAAGCAGAUUAAGGGCGGGGUCGACGUGGUUGACUUAGGCAUCGGCAUCAACCAUAUUAGAAAGGCAAAGAACCAGAAAGUCCUCAUCAGCUGUGAGUCUGAAGGAGACAGAAAUACACUUCAGGACCAACUUAAAAGCACAGUCAAUCAGCUUACCGUUCACAGGCCAGCCACAAAAUUCCCGCUUAUACGCUUAACAGGAGUCGUCUUCGACUUGACGGAUGGGAAGAUCGUAGAGGCCGUGAUGAAACAAAACGCUACACUUCUAAACGACAUCCCAGCAUCACAAAACCACAAUAAAGUAAUUAGGAGAACUAAAGGUCGCACAAGUUCCACGUGCAAUGUCAUCCUAGAGAUAGAAAGGAAACUGAUGCCAACUGUGCCCAUCCCGCUUAUAGCCCGGAAUGCCCGGAGUGGCGUAAAUGGGACCGGAUUGCCCGAGCAACCAUUUCAUACUGCUAAAGGCACUGAAGUCUUCCCACAAAAGCAUUCAAGGGCUAUAAAAAUUGCACAAGUCAACCUUGGCAGAGGAUACGCAGCGUUACAGGAAUGCUUAAAAACGGCGGAAUCGCAGGGAAUAUCAAUAAUCCUAGUACAGGAACCUUACGUAGGUGCUAAGGCACAUGUUACUUGUAGGCACAGAGUUAUCCAAAAGCAAACUAAUGAUACUCAAAAACCCGUCAAAUCUGCGGUCAUUGUCGUUGAUUCGUCCGUACAGUACACUGUAAAUCCUGAUAUUAUUACAGAAAAUAUUGUUGCAUGUAAAUUUAAAAUAUAUAACCACUAUGUUGCGUUUAUUAACAUAUACAUGGAAGAGGCUCAAGACGUCGAACAAGACCUAAGAAUAAUUUCCAACUACAGAAACAUUCUAGACUCAGAAAAUAUAAUCAUUGGAGGAGACCUUAACGCAAAGAGUCCCUGGUGGGGUUGCGAUGUGGAGGACAGACGGGGAACAGCUAUAUCGGAAUCAUUUGCACAGCUGAAACUACAUAUACUGAACACAGGGAAAACACCAACCUUCUGGGCACAUAGAGGAAAUAGAGAUUAUACCAGCAUCGUCGAUGUUACUGCAUGUUCAAAUGGUCUACUCAACAAAAUAACGAACUGGAGAGUCAACCCUGAUUUUGUCACCUUAUCGGACCACAGAGCUAUAACGUAUAGUGUUAACCUCGAAAAAAUAACGGCAGAAGCCACUCAGAGACAAACUACACGUAUCUAUAAUACAGGGAAAGCAGACUGGGCAAGUUUCACCCAUUUUCUGAAGGAGGAACUAAAAGUACUGAAGAUCACCGAGGAAUCCAUCACUGAAAUAGGAAACACAGACGCUUUAGAAGAUCUUGUACAACAAUACGUUGAUUGCAUUCAGAGAUCCUCCGACAAAGCUAUUCCAAAGCUGGCAAAAACCAUCAGCGCAAAGACUCCAUGGUGGACAAAACAACUAAGCGACAAGAAAAAAGAUGUAAUCCGAAAAAGAAGGAAAAUCAAACAUGCCAACCAGAACAGAAGACAAUCAGUGAUUGAAGAUUAUAUAACUGCCAAAGCAGAAUACAAAAAUCUCCUGACUGACACUCUCACUUCAAGCUGGAAAGACUUCUGUAAAAAACAAGACCGUGAAAAUUUGUGGCAAGGGAUAUACAGGAUCAUAAGGAAAUCGAGCAGAACUCCGGAGGAUACAUUGUUACGAGAAACGACAACUAGAGAAGACAGUCUUACAGCCGACAUAUGUUACAAAGCUUAUGCGGCUCUUCCACAGAUACUCUUGGCAAUUUACAACAAAUGCCUUGCACUUGGACACUUUCCAAAAACCUGGAAAAGCGCAAUAAUUAAAGUCAUCCCAAAGCCUAACAAGGAGAACUACACACUUCCAAAAUCAUAUCGGCCAAUAGGACUCUUACCUGUACUGGGAAAGAGGCUUGAAAAACUAUUCGUUAAUCGAAUGACCUGGCAGAUUGGCUCUGAAAAUAAAAUGAGCGGUAGGCAAUACGGGUUUGUCUCACAGAGAGGGACUGAGGACGCCCUAUGCGACGCCCUUGAGGUUGUCAGGCAGGGUUUAAAAAAGAGUGAAAUUGUUGUGAUUGUCUCCAUUGACAUUGAAGGAGCUUUCGAUAACGCUUGGUGGCCCGCAAUGAUUAAUGAGCUUGAUAAGAAAAAGGUUGACAAAUCUGUAUGUAGGCUAAUCGGAAGUUAUCUCACAGAUAGACAAAUAAAAUUAACAUACGCAGGUAGUGAGAUAAUAAAACAAACCAACAAAGGAUGCAUACAAGGAUCUACUUGCGGACCUCUGCUGUGGAACCUGCAACUUGACCCAUUACUAAGGGAGGUAGAAGAACUAGGCACCCACAUACAAGCGUACGCAGAUGACAUAUUGGUCAUUGCGAAAGGGAAAGCAGUAAAGGACCUAGAACAAGAACUUAAUACAGCACUUGAUCACAUCCUUGCUUGGGCUAAAACUAGGAAGAUGAGACUGGCGGCUCAGAAGACGCAAGCCAUCCUACUAACUAGGAAAUUAAAAUAUGAAACUCCAUCGUUAUCCCUCGAUAAUAAAGCAAUAACGUUCUCUAACAGCAUAACAAUCCUUGGACUCACGAUAGACGCCAAUCUCAACUUUGUAAAGCACGUAGACGUAGUAACGGAAAAGGCAAUUCAGCUUUACAAAAAGGUCUCAAGAACGGCACGAGCCAAUUGGGGUCUUAAUUCUGAAAUUCUCAGAACAAUAUACAUAACAGUGGUCGAACCAACAGUCUUAUAUGCGGCGGGGGCAUGGGGCACAACGGCCAAUAAAAAGCAAAUAAAAACAAGACUCGACAGAAUCACCAGAAUUUUUGCAAUAAUGGUUAGCAAAGCACACCGCACAGCAUCUUUGAUAUCAUGCACAACACUAGCCCGAAUCAUCCCAUUAGAUUUAAGAGCCCAAGAAAAUGCUGAGAUCUACAUGAUAAAGAGAGGCAAACCUAUUUCGCAUUUACCAGGCAGAACACUAACGAAACCAAUAAGCCCUUACACGCUACCACACCCAGCAGACAGGACAAAACAACGGUUUGAACUGAUAACAUCUGAAAACGAAAUAAAGGCUAUUGGAAACGACUGGCCGUGCAUAUACACCGAUGGCAGCAAAAUCGCAGCAGCGGAAAUUCUAGAUCGCAUCAUGGAAAUAGAAAGGCAACAGGGAAAAGUGAGCCUAUAUUGGAUCAAAGCUCACUGCGGCAUCCAGGGGAAUGAAAGGGCUGACGAAUUAGCUAAGUCGGCAGCGGAAACAUCAAAACAGACACCGGUAUACGAUUGCUUCCCUCUGUCCUUCGCAAAGCGCCACAUUAGGGACAACACUUUGAUUAUCUGGCAAGAACGGUACACAACAUCAGACACAGGUAGAGUCACAAAGAAGUUCUUCCCAAACGUGACCCAGGCGUAUACAACAAUUAAGAAGAUUGCAGUCAGUAACCUGAGGUGUCAAAUUUUCACGGGACAUGGGGGUUUUAAAGCAUACUUACAUAGAUUUAAGUUAGCGCAGAGCCCAUACUGUGAUUGUGACCACCUAACACCACAGACCAUAGAACACAUUCUCAUAGAUUGCCCUAAAUACGCAGCUUUAAGACUCUGUUGCGAACACCGCAUGGGAUUUGCGCUGAGAGAAGACACUCUCUGUAGGGCAGUCAACGACAAUGACAGUCGAACUCAUUUCCUUGAAUUUGCCGAAAGGUGUCUGAGGAAAGUAUUACAAGGAAAUGGGUCCAAGAUAUAUUAG